AUGGCGGCCGCGCGGCGGAAGAGGAAGCUGGGCUCCCGGGCCGGCCUCAGCAGGCUCUGCGAGAGCAGCGACGACGAGGAGGCCCCGGCGCCGCGGGAGAGCCAGCCGGGGCCGCGGGAGGAGGACGAGGAGGAUCGGGAGGAGGAGCCGGAGGACGCCUCAGACCCCUCCGAGGAGGAUGAUGAGGAAGGACGGUGGGAGAGCGAGAGCUCGUCCUCGUCCCCCGAGGACAGCGGGGUGCCUGAGGCCAGCGAGCCCCCGGGCGAGGAGGAGGAGGAGGAGGUGGAGGAGAGUCAUAAUCACAGUGCUACGAAGUAUGUUCCACCUCAAGUAAGGAAAGCUCAGGAGACGCUAGAUGAGAAGAAAAGAGAAGAAUUGGGAAGACUGAAGAAAAUGGUGAAUGGUCUCAUUAAUAGGUUGAGUGAACCGAAUUUGUCCUCUAUUAGUGGACAGAUGGAAGAGCUUUACAUGGCCAACAGCAGAAAGGACAUGAAUGAAACUCUGACAGAUAUUCUCAUGAAUGCUUGUGUUACUGCAAUUGCCAUGCCUGCAAGAUUGAUGAUGGAGCAUGUCCUUUUGGUCAGCGUUCUUCAUCAUAACAUAGGAAUUGAGGUCGGUGCUCACUUUUUGGAAGCUGUGGUGAAGAAAUUUGAUGAACUCUGUAAAAGUGAUGCUGAAGGGAAAGAAUGUGAAAAUCUGCUUGCCUUGAUUGCUCAUCUGUAUAACUUCCAUGUGGUUCAUUCCCUGCUGAUCUUUGAUAUUCUGAAAAAGCUUGUUAGCACUUUCACUGAAAAAGAGAUUGAGUUGAUUUUGUUUCUUCUGAAAAACGUGGGCUUUUCCUUAAGAAAAGAUGAUGCGUUGGCUUUGAAGGAACUGAUCACUGAAGCCCAGAGGAAAGCAAACACAGCAGAGAAGAAACUCCAGGACCAGACUAGGGUUCGCUUUAUGCUAGACACGAUGUUGGCACUAAGAAACAAUGACAUGCGUAAGAUUCCUGGUUAUGAUCCUGAACCGGUUGAAAAACUCCGCAAAUUGCAACGAACACUGGUUCACAGCAGUAGUUCAGGAAAAGAAACUCAGCUCCGUGUCUCCCUGGAAUCUCUCCUCAGUGCUGAUCAGGUUGGUCGCUGGUGGAUCGUAGGGUCAUCCUGGAGUGGAACACCAAUGAUCAACGAUGCAAACAGCAAGACUCAGCAAAAACCACAUAUAGGAAAGGUGAGUUCAAAGAUACUGGAGCUUGCUCGUAAGCAGAGAAUGAACACCGAUAUCAGGAGGAGUAUUUUUUGUGUCUUGAUGACAAGUGAAGACUUCCUGGAUGCCUUUGAAAAGCUUCUCAAGCUGGGACUGAAAGAUCAGCAGGAGAGAGAAAUUGUUCAUGUUAUCCUUUACUGCUGCUUACAGGAGAAGACAUAUAACCCCUUCUAUGCAUUUUUGGCUAACAAGUUUUGUGAAUGUGAAAGACGAUUUCAGAUGACAUUUCAAUUUAGUAUUUGGGACAAAAUCAGAGACUUGGAAAACCUGUCAGCUGCUGCCAUCUCCAACUUGGUUUCACUGUUGGCUCACUUAUUAAGGACAAAAUCAUUGCCACUUUCAGUUCUCAAGGUAAUUGAAUUCAGUGAACUAGAUAAACCCAAGGUCCGUUUCUUGCGACAAGUAUUAAGCAUGCUGUUAAUCAAAACAGAUGCUGAAGAACUUACUGACAUUUUUGUGAGGAUAUCUGACAACCCCAAACUGGGAAUGCUACGGGAAAGCUUGAAACUCUUCCUUACUCACUUCUUACUGAAAAAUGUACAAGCCCAAAAAAGCGCCGAAGAAGCUAGCUUAUUAAAAGAAAGAGUUGAACUAGCAACCAAGGCUUUGCAAGCCAAAGAAUCCAAAUUGAAGCUGUAGUUCUGUUUUUCUAAUAAAACAUACAGAAAAACUGAGUCUGCAUGAAGAUGCAAAGCUUUGUUAGUCUUUCAGACCCAAAUAAUUGAGAAUGAGGAGAGCCAUGGUACUCUGAAGGAUUCAUUUAUUGAUGUAAACAGUUACUUUGCUCUGCACACUACUUACAGGUUUAAUUGAAGGUGAUACAAGGCCUUUUUCAAGAAAGGGAAAAUGUAUUUUUUGUAAUGUCCUUUUUUGGUAGGAGUGCUUCAUGAUGAUGAUUUGUGUCUGGAGAAAAGUAUGGAUUUCUCUUCUAUGAUACUCCCAGUCAGCAGGAGCGUUCUGCAUUGCGUAUUCUAACCUUUCAUUUAAAAUAAGAGCAUCAUACUGACCACCAUAGGUUAAAGAAGCAGCCUUAACCAAAGGCUUUUCAUAACUGAUCAUUGUACUUGCCUGAAGAAACAGGCCACUAGAUGGCCCAAGUUCUGGUGAGUCAGUUGGGAAGAAAUCAACUUUUUUUUUAAAAGGUUGAAGUUAUCCGCUAAUU